GAAGUGACGUCAGGGCGCCAAUGUUUUUCAUAUGAUAGCUGUCAUGAUGGCGCCCUACUGGUCCAUGUGACUGGUAUAUGCAUGUACGGUGGCCAUAGUGAUGUGAGUGGGCAGGGUGGGUACUAGGUGAUGACCGGGCAUUAGACAUGUGGCUGGGCACCAUGAUGCGCUGUGUGUUACACAGGGUGAUCCCCGGGAAGGGAAAUCCUCUCCUCACGUGUGUCCUUACACAAGCUCGGCUGAAGCAUGGCAUGGCUUCCCUUGGCUUCUCCCGCAGACAUUUCAAGAAGGAUCUGUUAUCGGUGCUUGAUGUCAGCCCAGUGACUGUAACAGAGAUCCGACAGUAUCUCCGGGACAACAAUAUCUCCUUCCAUGAUGGCUACAGCUGCCUGCAUGUCCCCAGCCCCUUCACCCCAAACAAAGAUAACCUGCUGUUUAUUGACAAGACAACCGGCAGAUUUCUGUGUACGGACACAUUGCUGGAGGGCACCUGGGAGGACUUCAAGGACAGCAUGGAUCUACUCAUAAAGGAGGGAUCAGCCUUCCUUAGUCCUGACACCAUGAGCAGCUACCUGGAGGACAGCGACUCUGAGGAUGGUGAGAGGCAGCUUAACAACAUGGAGGUCAGCAGGAUCUGGAAUAAAGCAGUGUGGUUCCAUGAUCUGGAGGAGGACGACGCACAACUGGUUAAAGCCAUGUUUAGCAUCUCCAAGAUAACCAACAACACCCUGAAGAAGUUUGGAGUCAAGUGCUUCCAGCCUACCAAAAGUUUAGUGUUCCCCUGGUACAACCCUCGAGACAGUACCAUGAAAGGCGUAAAGCUGUUGUCGGCUGUGUGCCAGGGGGAUGUGGUGAACUACAUUGAGACGCUUUAUCCCAGACCUUCUCAUUACCAUAACCUCUUUGGGAUUACAGUAAUGGGCAAGAAGGACACAGAGGUGGUGAUCACUAGCCAAGAAGUGGAUAGUUUAGCGGUCCACCAGGCCACAGGGGUAACCACGGUAUCUUUGCCACGGGGAAUAAGUUGUUUUCCCCCCGUUCUUUUGCCAUAUCUUGAGCAGUUUAAGCGCAUCACCCUGUGGCUUGGGGAUGACCUGCGUGCAUGGGAAGCUUCCAAACUGUUCUCUAGAAAACUAAGCAUCAAGAGAUGCUCUCUUAUACGGCCCGGGGAUAAACAGCCUAGCCCACUAAAAGCCUUGAACCUUGGUCUUAACCUGAAUAAACUCCUCAAGGCUUCUCUUCCAGCUAGCCACAAGUCUAUCAUUUCAUUCCGUCAGCUCCGGAAGGAAGUAUUUAGUCAGCUGGAGAAUAUAGAGCAACUUGCCGGGGUGAAAUGGAAAAGAUUUCCAGAGCUAAACAAGCUACUGAAGGGCCACAGGAAAGGGGAACUGACAAUAUUUACAGGCCCAACUGGUAGUGGAAAAACAACAUUUAUCAGUGAAUAUGCUUUGGACUUGUGCAUGCAAGGGGUUAACACUUUGUGGGGGAGCUUUGAACUUAACAAUGUUCGCUUGGCAAAAGUUAUGCUGACGCAGUUCUCUCUGCUGCGCCUGGAGGAUCAGCUUGACAAGUAUGACGAGUGGGCAGAUCGAUUUGAAGAGCUGCCUCUUUACUUCAUGACUUUCCAUGGAGAGCAGAAUAUAAAGUCUGUGAUUGACACCAUGCAGCAUGCAGUGUAUAUGUAUGACAUUAACCACGUUAUUAUUGAUAAUCUGCAGUUCAUGAUGGGCCAGGAGCAUCUCUUCUCAGAUAAAUUAGCGGUACAGGACUACAUUGUUGGGGCAUUCAGAAAAUUUGCAACUGAAAAUGGCUGUCAUGUGACUUUGGUCAUUCAUCCCAGAAAAGAAGAUGAUGAUAAGGAAUUACAAACCUCCUCUAUUUUUGGCUCUGCAAAAGCCAGCCAAGAGGCAGAUAAUGUUCUUAUACUCCAAGACAGAAAGCUUGUCUCAGGCCCAGGCAAAAGACAUUUACAGCUGUCUAAAAACAGGUUUGAUGGAGACGUUGGGGUCUUUUCACUGGAAUUUAACAAGUCCACACUGACUUUUACUUCUUCAAAGAGCAAGGCAAAAGUGAAGAGACUCAACAAGGAGAAUGAGAUACCGGAUGCUCUGCCGGAUACCACAACAACAAAAAAGAAAUAAACACAGAUGUUUGUGCUGCUAAACUGUCAUUUUAUUUUCACUGCGUUUGAUAGAGUUUUUUGUACAUCUGUGUCUAUGAGCCAAGGUGUUGUGGAUGAAACAUUUCAAUGUUUUUGAUAAUAGGUUUGUUAUAUAAAACACUAAUUGGUCCUAAAACACUGUAUAUAAGCUAAAUUCCACAACUCUAUUAAACUUUUAUAUGUUGG